AUGUACUUCGACGGCGCCCUCAACCAUGAUGGAGCCAGCGCUGGAGUCCUCUUCAUCUCCCCGAAAGGCGAACAACUCAAGUAUGUCCUCCAGCUACUUUUCAAGGCUACCAACAACGCUGUUGAGUACGAAGCUCUCAUCCACGGUCUCCGGAUCGCUGUCACACUCGGUGUCAAGCGCCUAUUGGCCUAUGGUGACUCCAAAGUCGUCAUACAACAAGUCAACAAGGACUGGGAGUGCACCAAGGAGAAGAUGGAUGCCUACUAUAGGGAGAUCAGGAAGCUUGAAGCCAAGUUUUAUGGUCUAGAGUUUCACCACGUCCCUAGGGAGGACAACGUGGUGGACGAUGUUCUGUCCAAGCUCGGAUCCAAGCGGUCCAUCGUACCACCCGGCGUGUUCGUUCAAGCACUCAACAGCCCUAUGGUCAAAAUGGAAGAGGAGCCUCCUACAAAGCCCGACUGGGUCCCGGCCAUAGGGCAGCAGGUCCUAACCCUCGACACCGACUGGCGCUCCCCAAUCAUCGACUUCAUCAAGAACAAUAAAAGCUACCCAAAGGGAAAGGAACACGAGAAGCUUACUCGCCGGUCAAGCAACUACGUCGUCAUAGGAACCGAGUUGUUGAGGCACUCGGCUUCCUCAGGAACCCUGUGCUCCGAGUUCAGGGAUUACUGCCAAGAGAGUUGCAUCGACAUCUACUACGCCUCCGUAGUGCACCCCAGGUGCAAUGGCCAAGUUGAAAGGGCCAACGGCUUGAUCCUUCUGGGGCUUGAUCCGCACAAAGAGAAGCCGGGCUACUGGUUACUCGCCAUUCUUCAUGGUGUACGGUUCUGA